CACAAUCCGCACAAUCUGAUGUUUCAAAGUGAACACGAAUUCUCUCAACUUAGCAGAAAAAAUCCUAUCCCAAACAAAAUUCAUCGAACUCGCUCCUGUCUAGUUUGACAAUAGUGUCAAUAAAACUUCAAACUAUUUUUUUUUUUUUGAAAAAUGUUUUUCCUUUUAUUCAUUCUAAUUCUCAUCUCUCACGCCAUUGCAAUCACAAAAUACGAAGAAUCCUAUCUAGAAGUCCCAAUCGAUCAUUUCAGCUUGAGCAAAACCAACGACACCUUCAAAUUACGCUAUUUGCUUGUGGAGCAGUUUCACAUAAAAGGCGGACCGAUAUUUCUGUAUUGCGGCAACGAAGCUGACAUUAAAGUUUUCUACGAUAACUCUGGAUUUCUUUUGGAUAUAGCGCCGACCUUCAAUGCUUUGGUGGUAUUUGUUGAGCACAGAUACUAUGGACAAUCGAUGCCCUUUGGACCGAAAUCCUUGAAUUCAGCUGAAGGUUUGAGAUAUUUAACUGUGGAGCAAGCUUUAGCAGAUUUUGCUUGCGUUAUUGACAGCCUUAUUAAAAAAUACUUUAGCACUAUGAUAACAAAUAUUAGUUAUCCAAUUGUAGCUUUUGGAGGUUCUUAUGGAGGAAUGCUAGCUGCUUGGUUACGGAUUAAGUAUCCACAUUUAAUUCUAGGGGCUGUAGCCUCAUCAGCUCCAUUAUUGCAAUUAAAUAAUUUGAAACUGUGUGAAAACUUUUAUCAUAUAGUAACACAAUCAUAUAGGAAUGAAAAUUGUAGUCAGGCUAUCAAGGCUUCUUGGGAAGCUAUAAGAAAUAUAACUAAAACGCAUGAAGGCAAAAAAAAUGUUGGACACAUAUUUAAGCUAUGCAAAACAUUAGGCAACGAAGAUGAUGUUGGAAAAUUUAUCGAUAGCUUAGAAGAAAUUUAUGUUAAUUUAGCAAUGCUCAACUACCCAUAUGCAACAAGCUUUUUAGCUCCAUUACCAGGAAAUCCUGUGAAAAGCUUCUGCGAUAAACUGAAAAGUUACGGAACAAUACAAACUCCUUUAGCUUUACUGCAAGCUAUAUCAAGCGCAUUGGAAAUAGCCACAAAUUAUUCUGGAACAACCAAAUGUAAUAACAUUGAAAUCACUAACAACGAGCCUACGGAUUUUGCUUGGGGAUUUCAAGCUUGCUUCGAGCUUAUAAUCCCAAUGUGCUCCACCAAAGAAGACAUAUUUGAACCAAUAAGUUGGGACUAUGAGAAAUUCACCAAAGAGUGCAUCAAGAAAUACGGAGUGGUGCCGUAUUCACCAAACAAGUUAUUUUUGGAAUUUGGUGGUGCUACAAUGUUGAAAUACUCGUCAAAUAUUGUGUUUAGUAACGGCCUGCUCGAUCCAUGGUCUAGUGGAGGCGUUUUGGCCAACAUUUCGGACAGUGUGGUUGCUGUCUUGAUACCCGAAGCUGCUCAUCACUACGAUUUGCGCGGUGCCAACCCUGUAGAUUCGAAAUAUGUGCUAGAUGCUAGGAAGUUUCAUGUAGCACAAAUUAGAAAGUGGCUAAAUAUAAGUUAGAUAUAGG